AAAUUGCAACUAUCAGCGAAAAUGAAUGAUAAUAGGAUUUUAACAGGCCGCCGAAAAUUUUAAAGCGGUUUUUAAUGAACGUCACAUUAUCGUCCGGUUGUCGCUGGAACGCAUAAAAGCCAUACGUACGGCAAGGUGGGGUUUAGACUCGUUUGGCACCGACAGCAGCCAAAGUAGAAUCCAAUCAUCAUGAGUCGAUUCAAAGCGUGGAUAUGGUCGUUACAAAUUAUAACCAUCUCAAUGAUGCUUCAGGAAGCCGUUGGGCAAACGACUCCAGCACCGGUUAAGCGAGCACAUCGUCUAAUUAUUAUGGAUUACGAAAAAAUAGGAGCAACGGCGGCACCCCAACAGUCGGCUCCGUUGCGUGUGCAGGCUACUACGAGACGACCGGGCGCAACACAGGCCCAAAUUCCAGGAGCUCAAGCGAAAUCCGGUGGUACGGUCGCAUACAGUGCUGGAUUUGGGGCAGUAAGUGUGGUGCCUGAUUGUACGAACUGUACCACUGUGGACGAUGCUUUCGCUCCACUCGACUAUGACUACGCCAAUCUGACUUGGCUGGCGAAUGUGAGCUAUCCCGAAUAUACGGCACUGGAACUGGCUACAGUGACGAUGCAACCGAUAGUGAGAAAUGUUACGAUGCUCCCUGUUGCCGUCCCAAUAUCUUUAAUAGUGACUACUCCCAGCGUGGCUCAGGCUCAACCGGUUGUAUCGCAAAGUCCUAGCAUUGUGGACACAGCGGUCAUUAGACCGUUGCCCGUUCCUACCGACGUUAGCGUAAGCACGGAAAGCACAGCAGUUUCCUCCACCACUGUGGCCAGUGUACCAUCCCCUACAAAGCGACGUGUGAAAAAGACACGCUCUACGACCAAAGCUACUACUACCACCACUACCACCACCACUACUACCACGACAACGACCACUCCACCUCCGAGACGUAAGAAAACGAAAAAGUCCAAACGUGGUCGAAAUAUGAAGGAAACGAGCACGGAGCGUACGACGGGUAAACCGUCGCGCCAAUCCACUAAACGCAAUAGUACAACGUCCCGGACUACCACCACCACCACCAAGCCACCGGCCAAGGAGCGCAAAAGGGUGUAGAAAUGGAACAAAUGGUUAAAAUCCGCCAGGAGGCUGCCACGAUUACCAUACAUUACCGUAAGUAUGGUUAUGGCGGCAAUAUGAAAGGGAAGAAUAAAAUUGCCUUAAUCCGUUA